UACUAUCUAAUCCAGGGGUCGGGAACCUUUUUGGCUGAGAGAGCCAAGAAGCCAAAUAUUUUAAAAUGUAUUUACGUAAGAGCCAUAUUAUAUAUUCUUAACACUGAACACAACUAAAAGUGUGCAUUUUUACGUAAGACCAACAUUUUUAGAGUAUAAUAGGUCUCUUAUUCUUUGGAAUAACGUUGUUAUUCUGGAGCUAAUUUAGGAGGGGGCGUGGCCUGCGGGUCUGCAGCGAAGCGGGGUGUUGCCAGGGCUGGCCUCGAAAUCAGCAAGAGGUGCAUAAAUGGCCCACCUGAGCCUUGUUAUCUAAUCACCUGUCGCUCUGUUUAUAAGCAGCAGCUAGGAGGAGAGACGGGGUUGGGGCUGGAGCCAGAGUGCGAGCGAGAACGAAAGAGAAAAAGACAAUUGCUGGAAAGCAACUGAGAGACUUAUUGAAAAAUAAAACAAUAUUGUAACCCUGAAACAGGCUUUCAUGUCGGUGCUUGGUGGUCUGAAUAACCCCCAUAGCGCUAGCCCUACACUAACCAAUAAUAGAUCAAUUAUUUCUUACCCUUAUGGCAACUUCUUGAACAAGUGCGGUAAAAAAAAGGAUGGACGGAUUCAAAUGCACGAGCAUUUUUAUAUUUUUAACGUUAUUUUUACCACAGUGAUUACAAGUGGAAUUAUUCAUUACUUAUUGUGUUAAGCAGUGUCAGCUCAGAUUUAUCCGAGAGCCAGAUGCAGUCAUCAAAAGAGCCACAUCCGGCUCACGAGCCAUAGGUUCCCUACCCCUGAUCUAAUCCAUCUAAUCCAGGGGUGUCAAACUCAAAUACAGUGUGGGCCAAAAUUUAACACUGAACAAAGCCGCGGGCCAACGUUGAACAAAUUAACCUUUAAAUAGGGACCCAAACAAGUUUUGCAUUGAAUAUUGAACAAGCAAGGCUUAUAUAACUUUAUAGUGACAUGCAAAAUUGAGAUUCAAAUAUUAAUAAUAAUAAUUUAAAAAUAUCAAUGGCUUUUCAAAUAAAAUUAAAUACAAAUGUAAUGCCUCUUUUCUAUUUGCAGCCUUCUGAGGUAAAUAUCAAAAUAUAUUGUAGCAUCCCGAAAGAGUUAGUUCUGCAAGGGGUUCUGGGUAUUUGUUUUGUUGUGUUUAUGUUAUGAUACAGUGCAGAUGUUCUCCUGAAAUAUGUUUGUCAUUCUUGUUUGGUGUGAGUUCACAGUGUGGCGCAUAUGUGUACCAGUUGUAACGUUAUUUAUACGGCCACCCUCAGUGUGACCUGUAUGGCUGUUGACCAAGUAUGCCUUGCAUUCACUUAUGUGAGUGGGCCUGCACGCUGUUUGUAUGGAGGAAAUGCGGCCGUGACGACAGGUUGUAGAGAUUGUUAAAUGCAGUGCCUUAAAGGCAUGCCCUCAAUAUUGUUGUCCGGGUGAAAAUCUGGAGAAUGCUUGCCCCGGGAGAUUUUCGGGAGGGGCACUGAACUUCGGGAGUGUUGGCAAGUGUGACAAUUUGGGAGUGUUGGCAAGUGUGACAAAUUGCGGUGUUACAGCGGCACCGCUGCUGUGUAAUAACAGCGGGCCAGCUGUAAUGUUAAUUUGAUAUUGCCUCAAGGGCCAAAUUAAAUUACACGACAUGACAGGUAGCACGACAAGAGUGACAUGUGGCAACGACAAUACAAGUCCGAAUGACGACACAAUGAUCCAGCCACUGACACAAGACAAAGCAGGUUCAAAUAUGAGCGGGCUGAUUGGCAACAGGUGUGGCCAGGUGCCAAUCGGCCGCAGCUGAGGAGGAACACAGCACUCAGGGAAGAAGACAAGAAGCUGACAAAAUAAGAGCAGUAGACAGGAACUAAAGACAGGAGAUACAGAGGAAAAAACUAAAACAUAGACAAACUGUCAGGGGAAAGCCUGACAGCUAUCCCCGUUUAAAUAAGAACAUCUCAUUUCAGUCGGCCUUUAACGGCUCCCUGCGGAGUUUAUCGGUGCAAAAGGAUGAUUUAGCGGCGAACAAGACACUCGUUACGACUUCGAAGAGGGUCAUUACGGCGACAUUUGUGUUCUUAUCAGAUGGAUGAGCGCGCUGUGAUUGAAGUGUUUGUCAUGGAAAUGCGCGCGUUUGACGGACGAAAGGCGCGGACGUGACGGAGUGGCCGCGACGCGCUCCCAUUGGCCGGCGGCGGGUCACGUGACCCGCCGGGAAGGCGAUAUGAGGGGGGGGGCGGAGGGCCCUUUUACAGCUUUGACAUAGUACCUAGAAGAAGGUCAGGGGCUGCGAUUAAUGAGUCCCCGCCGCGUCUCGACCCCAAGCGCCAUGAACUCCUACCUGGACUACCCGCUCUGCAACCGCGGCCAGAACCUGUUCAAGGCCGGACUCUUGAACCACGGAUACGUGACGUCCAGCCCCUGCGCGGCAAGCGACGGCUACGGCCAGGACGCGCGCCUGACGCACCAGAGCCUUCCGGUGCACCAGGCGCAUGUCGACUUGGACCCGCAGUUCGCUCCGGCGGGCAACCCGGGGUACGGAUCCCCGCUGGAGUACGGACACCAGCAGUACGGCCUGGGCCCCGAGCAAGACCGGGUGUACAACAUGGGGCCUUACGCCGGGGACAGCGCGCAGUUCCUGCACUACGGCGGCGGGGAGUACCCGGAGAGUGGUUACAUGCGCGGGGAGGCCCAGCACAAGGACCGGGACUUGGAUCCGGCCGAGGAAAGCUCCAAGACAUUCGACUGGAUGAAAGUGAAGAGGAACCCGCCCAAAACAGUCCUGUCCGAGUUCGGCGUCCCGGGCCAGCACAACGUGAUCCGGACUAACUUCACCACCAAGCAGCUGACGGAGCUGGAGAAGGAGUUCCACUUCAACAAGUACCUGACGCGGGCCCGGCGGGUGGAGGUGGCCGCCGGCCUGGAGCUCAACGAGACGCAGGUGAAGAUCUGGUUCCAGAACCGCAGGAUGAAGCAGAAGAAGCGCGAGAAGCUGCAGGGCGUCGAGAAGCGCCCGGAGGCUCCCUGCGCCACCCUGCCGACCAAGACCGCAGACUGAAAAAAAAAAAAAGCAUAAGACUGGGGGAGCCUUCCUCAAAUAAAGACCGAUUACAUGCACAAGGACUUGCCGAAUUUCAGGGUAUAAAUGCAAAAUAUGCGUUUUGUUUACUUGUAAAUAAUGUUGUUGUUAUUCCAAUGUUUAUUCCAAGACUGCAGACUGCAAAAAAAAAAAAAAAGAAAGCAUAAGACUGCGGGAGCCUUCCUUAAAUAAAGACCGAUUAAAUGCACAA